CGUUCAUUCUCAGGCCGGGUAGGACCCCAGCAACAACACCGCGAUCGGUUCAACCUAUGAAGAUUCGGCUUUACAAUCGCAAUCCAUCCUUUGAGUAGACAACAUUUUGUGGAAAUAUAUCACUGUCACUGAUCAGAAGACACCCUAAGUUGUUGAAUCGAAUCAGAAGGCACUGGGAAGAGGCGUAAAGAAAAAUUUCCAUACUCGAUGACAUUACAUCGCAAUGUCCGAUCGUUUGGGGCAAAUAACCAAGUCCAAGGAUGGGAAAAGCAAGUAUUCCUCACUCAGCCUGUUUGACAAGUACAAGGGAAAAUCAAUAGAAACUCAGAAAAACACAGUAGUUCCGCGACAUGGCUUACAGAGUCUUGGCAAAGUGGCCACAGCCCGGCGCAUGCCCCCACCUGCUCACCUGCCGAGCUUGAAGUCUGAAAACAAAGGAAACGAUCCCAACGUGAUAAUAGUGCCCAAAGACGGUACAGGAUGGGCGAACAAGCAGGAACAACCCGAUCAAAAGAGUUCUAUUGCAUCAAUACCACAGCUGCCGGAGUUGCAGCCACAGCUGGCUUUACAGAAGUCUGUCUCCAAUCUUCAGAAGCCCUCACCGGUAGCCAACCAGGAGAACACAAACACAGGUGGACCAAAGCAAUGGGCCCAACUAAAUGGAAAGGCAGUAGAGCAAGAUGGUUCAAGGGCCUCAAACCGACUUCAGCCCUUCUCUCACGAGGAAUUUCCCACGCUGAAAGCAGCUGGAGAACAGGACAGGGCUGGCAAGGAAAGAAGCGGCUUCGAUCCGUCGUAUGGGCCCGGACCAAGCCUCCGCCCCCAGAAUGUGACGAGCUGGAGGGAAGGUGGUGGCAGGAACCUUCAGCCCUCGUCCCUGACCCUCGGCCUGCCAGCAGAUCCUGAGGGUAAACUCACUGCCCUGGGUGAGACUGGCAGCACUCCAGCCUCAUCUCACCCUUCCUCUGCCACUGGCACCACCUCUUCUAGUGUAGUGACGGCUCAGUCACCAGGCACUGACCCCAAGGAGCCUUCCCUGCGACCCGCCCAGCCUGUCCGCAGAACAACCGUCCCUACUGCCCUGCAGUACCAGCUUCACCACACUUCAACUGCUGUCUACCACGACAUGUUGCCUGCAUUUAUGUGCUCUAAAGAGACACGUGAGGCCCCAGGUACCGACCCUGUUCCUACCACCGUAGCAGCCCCUGCCCGAUUUGACAGCAAACCCACUUUUAGGCAGAGCUAUGCCAAACCUGAACUUGUCAAUGGUGAUGCAAGACGAGAGAACCGCUUUGUCCGUGCUCCGCCUCGGCUCUCUUCUCAGCCCAUCCGGAGGCCUGGUGACAGGCCAGUUCGCCCAGCCAUUAUUAAUCCAGAGGAUUUGAAGGAUCUGGAUGAUCUUGACAAUGAGUGUGAGGAUGGAUGGGCUGGACUUCAUGAGGAAGUUGAUUAUAGCGAGAAGCUCAAGUUCAGUGAUGAUGAAGAAGAGCACUCUUCCAGUGAUAAAAACAAGAUAUGGGCUGAGUGGGAGAGGGAGAGAGAGAACCAGCGGGACUGCCAAUCCUCUCUAAGUUCAGGGGAGGCGUCUUACCCCCACGACGGCCCUGAGGAGAGUUAUUCCUACCAACAUCACCACCUUGAGCCUCCCAGGAAGACCAAUGGCAGAUAUCUCCCCACAGACACCCAGGCCCAGCAGAAAAGCCAAACUGAGCCACUUGCUGACCAGGAUGAUCACCAGCGGCAGUCUCAGAGUCAGGCUCAGGCUCCAGCUAGAGCAAAGUAUGUGUCGCCUGAGCUGUCUGAGGCAGUUGAGCGAGCCCGCAGACGGCGAGAGGAGGAAGAGAGGCGUGCCCGUGAGGAAAGGCUGGCUGCAUGUGCAGAAAAACUCAAAAAGCUGGAUGAGAAGUUUGGGAAGACUGAAAGGCAGAUGUCUAGGACAGAUGAUGGCCAAAAAGAGGGAGAGGGCAAAGAAGUCCCUCUGUCUCCAAACAGGGAACACAAUAAAGGCCACCAUGAGAACUGGCAGUAUAGCACAAAAGAUGGAAGUGAGUGUCCCCCAGACAGCUCACCCGGCCAUAGUUACCGUGAAGAGUCUGGCUUCUCUGCAUAUCGUGGUAGUGAGGAUGAUGGCCAGGAGCCUUCCUCCCCCUCAGGAGACUACAGUGGACGUCAUCCCUCCAAACCAAUGCCACCCCGCUUUCAGAAGCAGCCGCAGCACCACCAGCAACAGGAACAAGUUUUCAAGAUGCAGCAUUGGCAGCAGUCAGGUCACCCUGCUCCAUCGGGCUCAAGCCAUGCCCAGCGGAGCUACUAUCCCCCACAUGUCCUCGGGUUCGAUCCCCGCUGGAUGAUGAUGCCGCCUUUCAUGGAUCCCCGCAUGACCCAAGGACGGUCUCCUGUCGACUACUACCCUGGUGCUGUUCACUCUUCAGCAGGAAUGGUAAAACCUAUCAUGCAUCAAGAUCACUUGAACAGUCCUGGUUCUGAUGAGGGAUGCCAUCCUAACCUGCACCAGGAGAGACGAGCGCCUUCUACAGAGCCUUACCCUGUAUGGAACCAAGAUGGCUACCCCUUACGCAGCUUCACUCCACCUUACCAGAGGCAGCAUGAAAGCUCGGAUAGUGGCCAGCCUGAUGACAGGGGUGAUAUGGCCUCUUCCCAACAGGACUCCUAUGAAGAGAGGACCAAUGAGGGCUUAACCCACACUCAAGAUGAUCUUCCCCAUCAUGCUUACCAGAGCCGAGGAUCAGACAGAGAACACCAGCACCAUGACCAAAGCUUGCUCACCACUGCUCAAAACCUCUCCCAGAACCAUUCAGAGUGUGAAUACCCAAAACAAGACUCUCGAGACAAGCAUCUGAAAGAUGGCCUUGAAUCUCACGAUGACACUUUAGAUGGCGUUAAGGACAGCUGGAAAAGAGAAAUUGGGCAGAAACAAGACGUGGGGCUCAACAGUGCCCAAAGCCAGUGGUCUGAGGCCAGUUCCAGUUCCAGCAGUAGUGUCAGCCAGCCAUCUGAGACCAGUGGACGGACCUUGACCCGCAGAACUGGGCCCAUCAAGAAACCGGUUCUUAAGGCUUUGAAAGUGGAAGACAAGGAGAAUGAAAAGCCCAAACCUGAGCCUGAGGAAAAGCCUGUUCCCUACCGCUUGGAGAAGGAAGUCCUUACCAAUGUUUAUGACUUGAAAAAAGAUAACCAGCCUGCCAGCAACAGACGUUCAGCAUCACCUGUUGUUGAGAAACAGCCGGAAGAGAGGCAGCACCAGUCACCAGCUCCCACCAAAACAGACAGGCCUCUCAGCACCCACAGUGAUGAUUCUCCCAAGGAGAACUCCUGGUGCAGUGGUAAAAGCCAGUCACCUAGAGAUAACCAGGAAAACCGGGAAACCCAGGCACCACGGCGCAAUAACUGGAUCUUCAUCGAUGAAGAGCAGGCCUUUGGUGCAGUCAGGGGUGCAGGUAGAGGCCGCAGUCGAGGCUUCAGAGAGUUUAGCUCUAGAGGUGGAACCCGUGGUGGCCGAAGUGGCGAUAAUCUCAGAGGGGCAUAUAACAACAAUAACAACAGCAGUGGUGCUCAACGUGCAGGCAGAGGUCGAGCAACACCCAGGGACCUCAUCAAAGUUGAGGAGUUCCAAAGGGGCAAGCCCCGUAGGAGAAAUGUCAGUGAAACCUUGAGUGAAGCCUCUGAAUAUGAGGAACUUCCUAAGAGACGCCGACAGAAGGGAUCUGAAAAUGGAGAAAGUUACACAGAGACCGGAGAUGUCCGUAAAGCUGAUAGAGACUCUUGGAGGUCCAACAAGGUGUACACGGAUGACCAGGCCGCCUCAGAUUCCAGAGAAAAGACCAAGGUCAGCAGGGGCUUUGGAGGUCGCGUGCUGCCUCCCAGACUGAACACCACUGGUAGCUACAGUCGAAGCUUUGGAGGAGCCAGGGACAUUUCCACAUGGAGGGGCCGUGGGCCCCAGUUCGGCAGCAACAGCAGUGGUUCCAUGCAAGAAAAUGGUUAUGGUCCUGGAGCUGAGACGACUUACUCCCGCAGACCCCUAGUUGAACGUGACACUCUCAAAUACACUCCUAAAUUUACUGGCUCCUUCAUGGAAAAUGGCACAGAAGACCGUGAAGGGGAAUAUUACUUUGAUAACGACAACCCUGACAGACAGAUGUUAAGGAGACGGCGUCCUCCACGUCAAGACAAGCCUCCACGUUUCCGUCGUCUACGACAGGAACGUGAGCCUGGAUCAAACCAGUGGACAAGUGAUGAGUACAUAAAUGGAGACUUUGCAAAUCCUUGGCCAGGUCGCUCCAAAAGCAGCGGGGAUGACAACUGGCCCAGUGGCCACUACUCUGGACGUUCCAGCCAACACGGUCAGACAGAGGAAUGGGAGACAGGAUCUGACAACAGCGACUUCGGUGACUGGAGAGAGAAGCGAGGCGGAAGUGGAGGUGCGGUUACACAGGGACAUGGUGAUAUUCCCUCAGACUCUGGCCAUAGUGAACCAGGCUCUGGUGAGAAGAGGGAACUUUCCAAGAGAAGCUUCUCCAGUCAAAGACCGUUGGUGGAACGGCAGAACAGGAAAGGAGAGCCAUCACUGCUGGAAGCAAGCAAGAUGGCACGUGCACCUGAUAAUCCUCCCACCUCCUCCUCUAACAGAAGUGACAGUUGGCAGAAUGGAGGCACUUCUUGUAAGAGCAGGAGUCCAGAUGAGACGGGUCCAGUCUAUAGCUUAGAGCAGCCACCAGAGGAUAGAGAGCCCAGUGAGGCCUCAGGGAAGAAAUUAGACAAGGAGCUGAAGCCAGGACCUGUCAAGACGGAUAUUGCUGAACCUCUUUCCCAGUAUGAGCUCAGCAGCUACCCAAUUGAUGGAGACGCAGGGGGACCAGGUCCGAAUCCAGAUGGAUACCAGGAUGCCUUGUCCAAAAAGCAAAGACGCCCACAGGAAGACGAGAGGAGGAGGAAAGAACAGGGAGCUGCUGUUCCAGUGAAAAACAGAACAAUUGCAUCCAAGAUACCACCACGCUUUGCCAAAAAGCAGGGAAGCAUGAGCCUGGAACAACCAGAGGAAGCAAUUUCUUCUAACAAUCUGGGAACUGAAAUCUGGGAGACCAACAGCUCAGCACUUUCAGUGCAGUCUUCAGGGGGAGACUCAUGGACGAAGCAGGUGUCUUACACUGGAAGCGAACCCAACUCUGAGGACUCUGAUGCUGGCCCAGAACAGAGUAAAGAACAGCACAAACCAGGACCCAUUGGAAAUGAACGGUCCCUAAAGCACCGGAAGGGUUCAGAAGGUGUUGAUCGGCUGGAAGGAGGCCCGAUCACACCAGUCAAUGGUGUGGAUCUCCAUGUGGACACUGUCCUGCCUGUGCCUCCUAUUGAGUUUGGUGUCAGCGCCAAAGACUCUGAUUUCAGCCUGCCACCAGGUUCUACCCCAGUGCCAGUGUCCAAUCCUGUUAACAAGCUUCAGGAUGCACUUACUACAAAUACGGCUCUCAAUCAAAGUAUCCCCAUGUUGCGUUCCAGCCACCUGCAGCCUGGUAUUAACCUCAAUCCUAUUUCCUUCCCCAGUGCUGACCUCACCCUUAAGAUGGAAUCAGCACGCAAGGCCUGGGAGAACUCCCAGUCUCUCCCUGAGCAGGGCUCUCCUGGCGGAGGUGCAUCAGGCACUCAGCCUCCCUGCAGCGCUGGCUCAUCCACUGGUGUCAGCUAUAGCUCUUUCGGAGGGGUCUCCAUGCCCCCAAUGCCUGUUGCAUCAGUGGCUCCUUCCAUGUCCAUGCAAGGUAGUCAUAUCCCCCCAUUGUAUCUGGAUGGUCAUGUCUUUCCAAGCCAGCCACGCCUUGUACCUCCCACCAUGACCCAGCAGCAGACCUACCAACAGGCGGCUGCAGCCCAGCAGAUUCCCAUCUCUCUUCACACAUCUCUUCAGGCUCAGGCUCAGUUGGGGCUUCGUGGAGGUCUGCCUGUCUCUCAGUCCCAAGAGAUGUUCAACUCCAUCCCCCCCUUUAGGUCCCAGGUUUACAUGCACCCCAACCUGUCACAGCCCAGCCCCAUGGUGCUCUCAGGUGGGGCCCCUCUCAAGGGGCCCUACUCAGCUUUUCCUGGCAUGCAGCCCUCAGACAUGGUAAAGCCACAGUCAGGCUCACACUAUCAGCCUAUGAAUGGCAGCCAGCAGCUGGUCUAUGACAGCCAGAUGAACCAGGGGCCUGGUAUAAGUUCCUCACAGUUAAUGGACUCUCAGCUCAUCCAGGUGACUAUGCCACUGCCUGGCUCUCAGCUGCGCUAUGGUUCAGCUCAGCAACAUCUCAUCCUCCCACAGUCCAUCCAGCUGCAACAGGGUCAGAACUUGUCAGUGGGAGCCCCACGCAGAAUGCUACCGCCGGGGUCUCAGCCUGCUGUCAUGACUGGCAGCAGAGAGGGCUCACAGAUGGAAAUGAAAGGUUUCCAGUUCUCUGAGAAGCCCAAUCAUUCCCCAGGCAUAUCUGGAGGUUCCUACAGGCCUGGGUCUGCCAGCCCCAGCGGAAAGUCCUCUGGUCCUGUAGGUCCUCUACCCACACAUUUUACUCAGCAGGUCCCACCUGCUCAAGGCAGCAUGGUAAUGCACAUGCGCCCCCCCACCACAGGCCCUUUCCCCACCCCCAUCCAGAGACCUGUCAUGCAGGUCAACAAGCCCGUCAUCAUCCGUUCCCCCCCUUACCCCAAUCCCAGCCGCGACCCUCCCCACUCCACCCCUCCUUUGGUCCCCGAGCCCCCAGUUAAAGGGCCAGAGGAUGGCAUGAAGAAUAAAACAAUGCGAGAAGUGCGCAAGGCAGUAGGGGAGGGCAAAUCACCACCUGGGGGUAUGACCAGCAAACUCCAGGAGCCCCUACCCUCUGCGGGACAAGCCAAACCAGCACGCACUGGAGCCAUCAAACCCCAGGCUGUCAAAGUAGAAGAGGGCAAGGCAUAACAAUGGACCUUAAAAUCCUCAUCACCACCAGGCCUGCCAAGACAAAGCUCCUUGACCGACGUCUGAGCCUUUUAGACCCCCCUUAUCCCAAGGCACCAAGGCAAGGGGCAGACAUGCAGACAUCAUAAUGAAUUGCCCUUCUUGGACUUUCAGAACUGGACACUAUUAUUUCACACCACGUAUAGAGAUAUAUAAAUAUAUAUAAAUAUAUGCAUACACACAAACAGUCUUUUAAGCAGAUCUCUUCAAGGUCCUAUUUAAUUUAUUAUUAGUCACUUUUAAGGGGAGAUUAGUAAAGAGAAGACAUGUUUUUUUUUUUGGUUUUCUCUGAAGUGGAGAAAAGGAAAAUGGCCAACUCUGAUGGUUCAUUUUUCACACUGUUUUGCCAAACUGUAUCUACUCCCCGUUGAUGGACUCUCGCCCUUAAGACCAGGCAGACACUUGAUACAACUUACUAUGAGAAGCAAAGUCUGUUAAACAUUUUUUAUCAAAUUUGAAAUGCAGUGGGGCACUUUGUUGUCAUUUUUCUUUGGUAUUUUGCUGGUAAAAUAAAGUCAUGACCACCCAUUCACGCUAUUGGUAAAGGACGUAUUUUAUUAACCCAGAAAAAAAAACUAUCUUGAAUUUUUGAACAUCAUUGCAUGUCAACAUAGCAAAAGUCGACACCAGAAAUGCAUCCACUGGGGUAUUUGCCCCAAAUAAUGAACUGUGGCGAAACUGCUUAGAUUGGUAGAAACGAUUCCUUUUCUUAAAACUUUGCUUUUACAUUCUGAUGCUCACUCUCUUCUAUAUGUAAAUUGAAAGAAAAAAAGAUGGACAUUUUUCCAAAAUCAUGUUGCUUCCAUGGGAAUUUCACCGGCAUUGGUACAGCGUGUGCAUGUGAUGUGCUGAAUGUGUGUAAACUUGCAGGACUCCUACAUAGAAGCAGGCAACAUUUCACAAAGACUGUACCAGAACUCGGCAUUCCUCGUGCUGACAUCGACGGUGUGGAUUUUGAUCAACCCAGCCGGCAAGAAUUUUGGACUCGGUGUGAAGUGUUGGUGGGCGGGGCAUUCACAAUUGCUGUAAAGGACCCCAGAAACACUGAUUGAAAUGUUUGCUUUUCCUAUCGCUUUGCUUGGGUUGUAAUGAAUCAAAUUGUCUGUUAAUGAACAUGUGAUGUUAGUGGCGAUUUUUUUGAAAACAUCCCUCAGCAUGGGGUGUUUGGCUUUUAUCUUUUAAGGCUCUUGGAAGAUUUUUCUCUCUGCUUUCGUUCAAUUCCCGCUUAACAGUACUGUCAGGGAAUUGUGAAGAAACACCAUUUGAUUAUUCAACAUCUGGUCUCUGAGGUGGCACUAGCAAUAAAUGCAGCCUAACUAUAAUCACAGUCAGGGUCCAAAUAACUCCUUUUUAUCAGUUCAGCAGCUAAUGAUCACAAACGAAGGGUGUUUCGCGUUGCUUGUUGAAUUAAAAAUACAAUCUUUGCUUAAGCUUGUUUUGUGAGCACAGCAGUUCCAGUGGACUUACGAAGGACUUUUAAAAUGUUUGUUCUAUUUGAAAAUGUGAAGCUGUGGCAUUCAUCAUUUAUUUUGGGUUUCGUUUUUGUAAUGGACUUUCAUUUUGAAACUCACAAUGCCAAUGUCAUAACUGGUUAAAUGUUACUGCUUACUAUGAUGCUCCAUGACACUACAAAAAUGUUUAUGACAGUGUUUCACUGGUAUAUGUGUAUAUGCAUACUUAACUGUACAGUCAAGCCUUGUCAGCGACGGGGAGGCUUAAACCCACAUUUCAUUUUAGAUAUUGUGGCACUAUAAAGGAUUUAAUGUCGAAAAGGUCACUGUGUUCUCAGAAUGGACUGCUUUCACUUGUUGAUAGGUCUGUCGGGCUUGGAGUGUUUCUGCCUCUUAUCCCUUACUGCAAAAGAUCUUGAAGCUUCUCAUCAUUGUAACUGCACCAAAAUGUUGCCCUGACUUUUUUUGUACUUUUAAGAUGCAUAUUUCAUUUUUUUUUUGUCAGAGGACCAGUGCUUUCUACAGCUGAUCCAGCAUUCUAUUUAUCCUACCUGACCUUUAUCCUAUCAGGUAUUUGGUCAUUACUCGCCCUUGUUAAAAAAAAAAAAAGAGCUUAUUGAAAGAAAAGAAAUAAAGCAGUUGUGAUUUCUUAAAUGUA